AUGAGUGGGUACCAGCCUCCCUCCUCCCACAUACAUACUGGACACGGAAAUCCUCGGCCGGACGCAUAUUAUAGAAAACGGACGUUUUACAAGCGUGAAACGAGUUUGUCCUCAAUUCCAUUUCAAAGUCUGACUAGAAUGAACAUUCUUCAUGACUUAGUGUGUGUUCAUUCGGCUAAUCUGCUGAGAUCAGUACCCAUUCCCGAAACAUUCGGUGAUAUUUUUCGACUUUCCUUUAAAGAUUUAGUUGGCCUCACUGUUUUCGGCGCUGUGACCGGCGUCUUGGGCUACUCCAUAUAUACGACUGCUACUUUGUUUGCUGUAAAGAAAGGUUAUAAGAUCAACCACAAUAUCUGCAAACAUCUCAACAAAUGUGUCGAUUCCGUCGACCUUGAGUCAAUCGCAGACAAGAAGGUCUACUGUCGCUGCUGGCGAUCUUCCAAGUUCCCUUAUUGUGAUGGAAGUCACAAUAAGCACAAUGAGGAAACCGGUGAUAACGUCGGGCCUCUUAUCCUUAAUCCUAAAAGAGCCUCAUAAGUUAUGUCUUCCAUACCUUGUGUUGCAACACUGAAAGCCACGCGGACUUAAUGAAAUAUAGAUUACCUUACAGAAUCCUGCAUUCCUUCCAUUGUUCUGUAUCAUGUG